GACCUAUUAGACGGCCUGGGCUCGGACCUUGGUAUAUUUUUAGCAACAUCUUCUUACUCGUGGUGCUGUGAGGAUGAUAUUCGGAUCUGGUUUGAGGCUUUAAACGAUGUGAUUCCUGGUACCUGGUGAAGCUCACUUGAAGUUCCGGAGACAUGCCGCGGAAAAAUAGCAAGAAAAGAGCCGCGGCUGUUGAACAAACGGAAGAGGACUGGGCAGCGAUCUAUGGCCAGCCUGCGCAGCCUCGGACUAUAGAAAGUUAUGAAGUGGAAUGGAGUCAUUGGAGAAUUCGAGCGGAAGAACGUGAAGUCAUCGAAGAGCCUGAACUGCCGAUUGCGAGUGCGCCCCCGUCGGAAUCUGAUGAAGCCUGCGAUGAUUCCCCAGUCAGAUUGCGCCGAAAGCGAAAGUCAGAUUCCCCUCCACGUCAGUCACCGGAGACGCCCGCCGACUAUCAGAAACGAUGGUCACGGCCCCCGAUCGAAGUCGAAGAUGCCAGGACCCGGCAGGCGAUUACGCUCGGAAUAUCAGUCGCCAUCAUCGUCGCUUGCCUGAUAAUGAUAGGGAUUGUCUAUCAGGCUACCGAGUCAACAGUUCUCCGCGUUAUCCGGCCGAAUCUUAUGCCGGCCUUCGACAGAAAGCUCAACGAUCUUAAGCUGCAGUUCCCGUCGCAGCCCGAGCACAACUGGGCGAUAGUCCGGGGUGCGUUCGCCGAAGUUCUCAACAACUCUGACUACGGGUAUGGACCUGCGAUUCUCAUUAUACUCGCAUCCAGGAAGGAUCAACACUUGGCGUCGUGUUUUUCCGAGCGACUUGCGUCGUCGCUCGCAAGAACUUUCCACCCGGCGGAACGUCCAAUAGUGCUCAAUGGGGCGAAGCUCCAUAAUUCUCGAGAUGCGGUCGCAGCCAAGCACACGAUAGACAAUGCGGUCAAAGAUAAGGACAACUUCGUGAUGCAGUUCGACUCGCUUGAACGUAUCGAUGCCUACACUGCCAGCAUCUUUCAUUCGUUGUGCGAUUACUACAACUCGCCCUUCAAAGAGCGUGCUGUCUUCAUCUUCACCGUUCACACCACCGAGGACGUGGAGAACCGGACUCGCAGGGAAUACGACGAGAUGGCUGAUAGAGUGCUCAACGACGCCUGGGAAGACUUGAACAUCAACAAGAGGUCUGCCCUCUUGGCUCGAUUGACCGGUAAUACGAUUCUGCUGCGGAAAGAAGCUCGAAGGGUUUGUUGA